AAAAUACUAAUCUAAGACUAAAAAACGAUGCAUUGGGAACCGAGAUUGUCAAUUUAAAAUCUAAAAAUGCUGUGCUUCAAGAAGCCCAUUUAAACUUAUUGUCAAAACAUGCUACCCUCGAAUCGGAACACGUAUACCUUAAAUUACUGUUCAGAGCUCCAAAAAUACAAACGGAUCUCACAUUAAAGUACUCUGUUUUACAAAAAGAACUUGCCAAGUUACAACAUGAGAAGGUAAAAAACGAAGAAGAAAUUAAAAGAUUAAAAAUAGAAAUUAAUGAAACAAUCGCUACUAGAAAUCAAGUCGAGGAAAGAAAAGCGUGA